GACGUGUAAUUUGUAUCAAAAUCUUUAAAGCUGUAUUCGUCGUCACCGUAUAACUUUUUAAUAAUAUCUAAGGAAAACAAGAAAAUGAGUGCAUUUAAACGAGACAAGAAAGAAGAAGAAGACACAGGUGGUAACCCUUACCAAAACCUUGAUAAAACCAUCAUUUUACAAGAGUCUCGCUAUUUUAAUGAGACACCAGUUAAUCCCAGAAAAUGUUGUCAUAUUUUGUCGAAAAUUCUCUAUUUACUCAACCAAGGCGAAAAAUUGACUACACAAGAGGCUACAGACGCUUUUUUCGCGACUACUAAAUUGUUUCAAUCGAAAGAUGUAAUGCUUCGUAGGAUGGUUUACUUGUGUAUAAAGGAACUGAGUAAGAUGGCUCAGGAUGUAAUCAUAGUUACGUCUUCGUUGACGAAAGAUAUGACUGGUAAAGAGGAUUUAUACCGUGCAGCUGCUAUACGGGCGCUAUGCAGCAUCACAGAUAAUACAAUGCUUCAAGCAAUUGAGAGAUACAUGAAACAGGCUAUUGUUGAUAAAAACCCUGCCGUUAGUUCUGCCGCCUUGGUGUCAGCAUUACAUUUAUCCUCAACAGCGCCUGAUCUAGUCAAACGAUGGGCAAAUGAGGCUCAGGAGGGCAUUAAUUCAGAUAAUGCAAUGGUGUCCUAUCACGCUUUAGGACUUGCAGCAGCCACUCGUCGAAACGACAAAUUGUCCACCGUAAAAUUAGUAACGCGACUGAGUAAAUCUUCAAUAAAAUCUCCGUAUGCUCUGUGCCUUCUUAUCCGUUUAGCAGCUCAACUGGUAGAGGAAGAUGACUCCGAAGCAUCACAACCCUACAUUGAGUUCAUAGAAUGCUGCCUACGUCAUAAAUCUGAAAUGGUCAUUUACGAAGCUGCACAUGCUAUUGUUAACUUACGAAAAGCUCUUAGAGAUUUAGCUCCAGCUGUAUCCGUGCUACAGUUGUUCUGCGGUUCUUCUAAGGCUUCUCUGCGCUUGGCUGGAGCUCGCACUUUGGCAAGGCUUACAGCAAAGCACCCUACAGCUGUUGCAGCUUGUGCCGUCGAUUUGGAAAACCUUAUCUCUGACCCCAACAGAUCUGUAGCGACUUUAGCAGUGACUACUUUACUAGCUACCGGUGCUGAAAGCUCAAUCGAUAGACUAAUGAAACAGAUAUCGAGUUUUGUGUCCGAAAUAUCUGACGAAUUUAAAAUUGUCGUUGUCAAAGCGAUACGACGACUAUGUACUAAGUUUCCACGUAAGCAUCAAGCCUUGGCAUCAUUCCUCGCUGGAAUGUUGAGAGAUGAAGGCGGCUUAGAAUAUAAAGCCGCAAUUGCCGACGCAAUCAUAGCUCUUGUUGAAGAAAACCCUGAUGCUAAGGAAACUGGUCUAGCACACCUAUGUGAGUUUAUUGAGGAUUGUGAGCAUACAACCUUAGCUGUGCGUAUAUUACAUUUACUUGGCCGUGAAGGACCAAAAUCGCGUCAACCAUCGCGGUAUAUCAGAUUUAUAUAUAACAGAGUUAUCCUUGAAUCUGGUCCUGUUAGAGCUGCUGCUGUAUCGGCAGUUGCACAAUUUGGAGCGCAAAGACCUGAGCUGUUGCCGAAUAUUAAAGUUCUACUUUCCCGCUGUGAAUUGGAUGAUGAAGACGAAGUUCGCGACAGAGCAAUUCUUUACAAUGCCAUUUUAGAAACUGGUGACGAGCAAUUGAUUAAUGAUUACAUAAUAAACGUACAGAAACCUAAUCCAGUUUUAUUAGAGAGAGCCUUACGAGACCACAUUGAGGUCCGUCCGACUGAACCUUUCGAUAUAAUGGCAGUACCAGCUGAAGAAGUGAAAGAUACAAGCGAAGAUAUAGUUGAAGUGGAGGUCCGGAAGCCAGCAAAAGUUGCCAUAGAAGAGAUUUAUGCUGAACAAUUGGCAAGAGUGCCUGGCAUUGAACAAUUAGGACCACUGAUACAGACAGUGUUCCCCAUCGACUUAACUGAACCAGAAACAGAAUACCGCGUGCGUUUGUUAAAACAUAUCUACGCCGGGCACGUUUGUCUUCAAUUUGAAUGCAUCAAUACUUUGAGCGACCAAAUUCUGGAGGAGGUUUACGUUAGGUGUGAGCCUCCACAAGAUUAUGAAAUUGUUACUAUCGUUCCUUGCCCCAAGUUGGUUUACGAUAAACCUGACAGUGUGUACCUUUUAUUAAAAUUUCCGUCUGCGUAUUUUGAUAGUUUGGGCACUUUUGUGAGUAAAUUGGAGUUUGUUGUUCGUGAUUGCGAUCCUAACACAGGCGUACCAGAUCCGGGGGAAGGCUAUGCAGAUUCUUAUCCACUGGAAGAUUUUGAAAUUGGCGUAUGUGAUCAAAUUAGGGCUAAAGCGGCAGCAGAAGACUGGGAGCGAGCUUGGGAAAAGGCUGAGGGAUGUCCAGAAGCUAUAGACACGUUUGCACUACCGCAGAACGACAUCGAUGAAGCGGCUAAAGCGGUUUGCAAGCAUUUAGGUCUGCCGAGGAAUGCAAUAAGUGGUGAAGCAGUAAAGGAGGUUCGCGGAUUUGCCAAAUUCAGGAGUGGUGCUCCUGUACUGGUGCGAGCUAGGAUCGCCCCUGGAAGCGGAGGGGUAACUAUGCAUUUGGCAGCCAGGUCUCCAAGGGAAGAUUUGGCCCAACUUAUUCUUGCUGCCGUAGGCUAGAUGAUUGGUGUAAUUUAAAUAUAAUAUUAUGUAUAGAUUUACAAGUAUUUAACCGGAAAUAAAUAUGUAUUAAAAUACUAUGACGUUAAAA